UCCCAUCUGUUUCUCAGCUAAAAUUUCUCAGCCGUUUCAACCAGAAAGGCAAAUUCUGUAGCCCGACAGUCAUUUGCACCUCUCUGGAGAGGGGUAGUAACUGGCAACAGCAGCACGAUUUAAAGGGUAAUUAUGGAAUCGAUAACGUGAAGCUGCAGAAGAGCCUGGCUCGGUUGAUGGGAACGCUGUGGGAAUGCACGGUUCAAGUCAAAUUGGAGCUGGGGCACCGAGCCCAACUGCGGAAGAAGCCCACCACCGAAGGGUUCACCCAUGACUGGAUGGUGUUUGUCCGUGGCCCGGAGCAGUGUGACAUCCAGCACUUCGUGGAAAGGGUGGUCUUUCGGCUACAUGAGAGCUUCCCAAAACCCAAGCGAGUGUGCAAGGAGCCCCCUUACAAAGUGGAGGAGUCUGGCUAUGCAGGCUUCAUUAUGCCCAUUGAAGUGCACUUCAAAAAUAAGGAGGAGCCAAAAAAGGUUUGUUUCACAUACGACCUGUUCUUGAAUUUGGAGGGAAAUCCACCCGUGAACCACCUUCGCUGUGAGAAGCUGACUUUCAACAACCCCACCAAGGAGUUCAGACGCAAACUCAUUAGGGCUGGAGGGGUGAUGGUAAUGCCAGAAGGAGCAGAGACUGUUUCAAGGCCAAGUCCUGAUUAUCCAAUGUUGCCCACAAUACCGCUCUCUGCCUUCUCUGAUCCCAAGAAGACCAAACCAUCCCAUGGAUCGAAGGAUGCAAACAAGGAAAGUAGCAAGGCGUCUAAGCCACACAAAGUAACCAAGGAGCACAGAGAGAGGCCAAGAAAAGACUCUGAGAGUAAAAACUCCUCCAAAGACAUUGAAAGAGAACAGAGCAAGCCUUUGAAGGACUCCUCCAGAAAACCAACUGAGAACAAACUGCCGAAGGAGGAGAAGGCACCUCCAAAAGCUGCUUUCAAGGAACCAAAACUGGCCGUGAAGGAGACCAAACUGGAGAACACUUCUCCAAAAGGUGGGCCACAGCCGGAGUUAAAGUCUUCCAGCAAAAGGCCCUCCAAUGUGGAGUCACCAAAGCCUAGUGCCAAAAAGCAAAAAAAGAGUAGCUCCAAAGGGGUAAAGAAUAUCCUGGGGACGUCUCCCAGAACUUCGUCUUCCUCAUAUCCCGAGAAGAAACAAACCAAGGAGAAGAUGAAUGCCAAAGUGGAAAAGGUAAAAUCAGAAAGUGAGGCCAAGGAGAUCAAAAAGCCUGUGGAAAUGGAGGAGUCGAAUUCAGAGGAUGAAACCUCUUUCAAGUCAGAGUCUGUCCAGUCCAGCCCUUCCAACUCCAGCUCCAGCUCCGACUCCAGCUCUGACUCGGAUUUUGAGCCAUCUCAGAACCACAGUCAAGGUCCGCUGCGCUCCAUGGUGGAAGAUCUGCAGUCAGAGGAGUCGGACGAUGACGACAGCUCCUCUGGAGAAGAGGCGACAGUCAAAGCAAACCCCGUCAGCCGGGAUUCCAGACUGAGCCUUAGUGACAGCGACAGUGACAACAGCGCAGAUUCCUGCCUGCCCAGUCGAGAGCCACCUCCUGGUCAGAAGCUGCCCCCGGCAAAUAAUAAGGCAUCUGGAAGAAAAAGCCCAGAGUCUUGUAACAAGCCAGAGAAGAUCCUGAAGAAGGGAACGUAUGACAAGGCCUACACUGAUGAAUUAGUGGAGCUUCACAGGCGACUAAUGGCACUACGAGAGCGCAAUGUGCUACAGCAGAUUGUCAAUCUCAUAGAGGAAACCGGGCAUUUUAACGUCACCAACACAACCUUUGACUUUGACCUCUUCUCCUUGGAUGAGACAACCGUCCGUAAGCUGCAGAGCUACUUGGAAGCGGUAGCAACAUGA